CUCUCUCUCCCCCUGGUUCCCUCUCUCUCCCCCCCAGCCUGGACUCUCUCUCCCCCUGGUUUCCUCUCUGCCCAUAUACAGCUGUGUUUUCAGGCUCCUUUACAAUAGAGACGAGGUGGAGACAGAGCGUCCUCCAGCACCAUAGAGAGCGGAAGUACGGAGGAUAGAAGGGAAGCUGUUGCGGAAGUGAAGGUGAGCUCUGCUGCUGGGGCAGUUUAAUGGAGGGAGGGGCAGCAAGGCUGGGGUAGUAUACAGAGACAGAGCAACAAUGGGGACAGUGACAGUAUACAGAGACAGCAACAAUGGGGACAGUGACAGUAUACAGAGACAGCAACAAUGGGGACAGUGACAGUAUACAGAGACAGCAACAAUGGGGACAGUGACAGUAUACAGAGACAGCAACAAUGGGGACAGUGACAGUAUACAGAGACAGCAAGAAUGGGGACAGUGACAGUAUACAGAGACAGCAACAAUGGGGACAGUGACAGUAUACAGAGACAGCAAGAAUGGGGACAGUGACAGUAUACAGAGACAGCAACAAUGGGGACAGUGACAGUAUACAGAGACAGCAACAAUGGGGACAGUGACAGUAUAUACAGACAGACAGACAGCAACAAUGGUGGGGACAGUGACAGUGACAGUAUACAGAGACAGCAACAAUGGGGACAGUGACAGUAUACAGAGACAGCAACAAUGGGGACAGUGACAGUAUACAGAGACAGCAAGAAUGGGGACAGUGACAGUAUACAGAGACAGCAACAAUGGGACAGUGACAGUAUACAGAGACAGCAAGAAUGGGGACAGUGACAGUAUACAGAGACAGCAAGAAUGGGGACAACAGUAUACAGAGACAGCAACAAUGGGGACAGUGACAGUAUACAGAGACAGCAACAAUGGGGACAGUGACAGUAUACAGAGACAGCAACAAUGGGGACAGAGACAGUAUACAGAGACAGCAAGAAUGGGGACAGAGACAGUAUACAGAGACAGCAACAAUGGGGACAGUGACAGUAUACAGAGACAGCAGCAAUGGGGACAGUGACAGUAUACAGAGACAGAGCAACAAUGGGGACAGUGACAGUAUACAGAUACAGCAGCAAUGGGGACAGUGACAGUAUACAGAGACAGCAACAAUGGGGACAGUGACAGUAUACAGAGACAGGACAACAAUGGGGACAGAGACAGCAACAAUGUGGAAAGUCACAGUAUACAGAGACAGCAACAAUGGGGACAGAGACAGUAUACAGAGACAGAGCAACAAUGGGGACAGAGACAGGAUACAGAGACAGAGCAACAAUGGGGGACAGUAUACAGAGACAGAGCAACAAUGGGGACAGUGACAGUAUACAGAGACAGAGCAACAAUGGGGACAGAGACAGGAUACAGAGACAGAGCAACAAUGGGGGACAGUAUACAGAGACAGAGCAACAAUGGGGACAGUGACAGUAUACAGAGACAGCAACAAUGAGGACAGAGAGCAAGAAUGGGGACAGAGACAGGAUACAGAGACAGAGCAACAAUGGGGACAGUAUACAGAGACAGAGCAACAAUGGGGACAGUGACAGUAUACAGAUACAGCAGCAAUGGGGACAGUGACAGUAUACAGAGACAGAGCAACAAUGGGGACAGUGACAGUAUACAGAGACAGGGCGACAAUAUACAAACAGAGGACGCAACAAUGGGGACAAUAUACAGAGACACGGCAACAAUGGGGACAGUGACUGUAUAGCGAGAGGACAACAAUGGGGACAAUAUACAGAAAGGACAACAAUCCGGACAGUAUACUGAGAGAGAGGCAACAAUGGGGACAAUAUACAGAGAGGGGGGCAACAAUGGGACAAUAUACAGAGAGAGGGGCAACAAUGGGGAUAAUAUAGAGAGCCAGGGCAACAAUGGGAACAAUAUACAGAGCGAGGGGCAACAAUGGGGACAGUAUACAGAGAGGGGGCAACAAUGGGGACAGUAUACAGAGACAGGGCAACAAUUGUGACAAUAUACAAAGAGAGGGGCAACAACAGUAUAGAGAGCCAGGGCAACAAUGGGAACAAUAUACAGAGCGAGGGGCAACAAUGGGGACAGUAUACAGAGAGGGGGGCAACAAUGGGGACAGUAUACAGAGACAGGGCAACAACUGGGACAAUAUACAAAGAGAGGGGCAACAACAGUAUAGAGAGCCAGGGCAACAAUGGGAACAAUAUACAGAGCGAGGGGCAACAAUGGGGACAGUAUACAGAGAGAGGGCAACAACAGGGACUUGCUUUAUUUUUAAGUCUCAUAAGUCCCACUGUAAUAAAAUGACCUUAACUUCUAAACCUAAUAUUAUGCCAUAAUCUUAAUUCCUAUUUUAUUCCUAAACCCAAAGGUUCCCCACUUCUAAUACCAGUUCUGCAGGACAUGUCAUUACGCCCUAAGUGCAUUAAAGCCCAUUAUGGUGAGGGCAUAACCAUCCUUAAGUAAUUAUGUGAGCUUUACUCACACAGAUGAGGAUUUUAAAAUUAAACAGACUGUGCAAUAAAGGAAGUGUAAACAUUAGAUGACUCAUUACAGGAAAUCUUUAGGGAGACUGUGUAGGUCACAGCCGGGGGUGUGUGGCUAAGGCUGCAUAAACAAAGUGAUUUCAUUUGUAAUGGCAGAGAAUUGAGCAGUGAGACUGCGGGAGCUUUAUCUAUACACCAAAACUGCUUCAGUAUGGUAACUUUGUUUGGUGCGUAGAGCAUGCCUUUAAUUUAAGGCACAGGAAAUGCCCCAAACUCUGGACCUCCGUUAAUAAAACAUGUUUGAUAAUAAAACCUUCAACCUUCACAACGACCCUGAUUAAAUAAUUAUAACAGCUCCAGUCCCCAGCUUUAAUGGCUUGUAUUUAUAGGGCACUGGCAGACUAAUUCACUAACGUGAGGAUUCAGGGGGAAUUUAUAGUUCAUGGUCAGUCUGGCUGAGCUGUAAACAUUAUCUAUGUCAGAUAUGCUAUAACUUCUGACACUCUGCCCUUAAAUAUAAAACCCUUUUUAAAUUCAAUUUGAAUUCUUACUUUAGUAAAUAUGCCUAUACGUUGUUUUCUAGAAUAUGUCAGGGAGAUAAACCAAAACGGUUUACACUGCUCUAUGGAGAGUUUUAAAUGGUACUCUUGUGCUCUGAAUAACAGCCCUGAAAAUUGAGAAAAUCCAAAAUAAAGUCUGACACGUCUAGCCAUACUCCUGGAUGAACUCUUGUUGAUAUCGUUGGGGGUGUAUUUCGCUAAAUGUUCCAAUGUUUGUGUUAUCUUUAAAUAUUAAAACUAUAAUAAAAAUUGAUUUAAUGAUAAAAACAAAACAUGCAUCUUCAACGGCACGGCUCCUGAAAAUGGAACACGGCCACUUAUAAAAUGGUGAGAUCAGCUCGCCCUAGCGCUCUGAUUGGCUCAUUACUAUCAGACUGUUCCUCCGGACAUUGAUUGGUUUUCCUUUUUAAUUUAUGUUCAAUAUUCUUUCUGUGCAACAGAAUAAUAGUCUGAAACAUCCAAACGAGGGCAGCACGGACAAAGCAAUGCAUUGCUCUAUGGCACUGAAAGGGUAAAUGUAGCGAGUGUUUACCCGUUAACAUCGUCCCAUUAUGCUUUUUAGAGCUAUACCUAAUGUGUAUGAACACCAUCCACAAGCUGUUUAUUUAAUGGGUUUUAUUCAGCCAAUUCAUUAAAUUACCAGGAGAAUGACUGACUUUCCAGGGCUGGUUAUUUAAAUGGAAAAUAUGAUCAUAAAACCACUGAGGACAUUUUGUUUCUUUCAUGAAAAUGCAAGGCAAGGGGUUAAAUGAACACUCCAAUCACCAUAACCCCUGCAGUGCUCUGUUGUGGUUAUAGUGCCAAGAGUGCAGAUGACGCCAAUAUAACCCACCCAGUGUAACUAACUAACCCAAACUACGCAGUGCACCUAACUAACCCACCCAGUAUAACUAACCAUAACCUAACCUACACAGUGCACCUAAGGUGCGUGGGAGCCUGGAGUGUCCCUUUAUUAAUAUAAACCCACCCAGUAUAACUAACUGUAACCUAACCUACACAGUGCACCUAACGUGUGUGUGAGCCUGGAGUGUCCCUUAAUAAUAUAAACCCACCCAGUAUAACUAACUGUAACCUAACCUACACAGUGCAUCUAAUGUGUGUGGGAGCCUGGAGUGUCCCUUUAUUAAUAUAAACCCACCCAGUAUCAGUAACUGUAACCUAACCUACACAGUGCAUCUAAUGUGCGUGGGAGCCUGGAGUGCCCCAUUAAUAAUAUAAACCCACCCAGUAUAACUAACUGUAACCUAACCUACACAGUGUACCUAACGUGUGUGGGAGCCUGGAGUAUCCCUUUAAUAAUAUAAACCCACCCAGUAUAACUAACUGUAACCUAACCUACACAGUGCACCUAACAUGUGUGGGAGCCUGGAGUUUCCCUUUAAUAAUAUAAACCCACCCAGUAUAACUAACUGUAACCUAACCUACACAGUGCAUCUAACAUGUGUGGGAGCCUGGAGUGUCCCUUUUAGUAAUAUAAACCCACCCAGUAUAACUAACUGUAACCUAACCUACACAAUGCAUCUAAAGUGUGUGGGAGCCUGGAGUGUCCCUUUAAUAAUAUAAACCCACCCAGUAUAACUAACUGUAACCUAACCUACACAGUGCAUCUAACGUGUGUGGGAGCCUGGAGUAUCCCUUUAAUAAUAUAAACCCACCCAGUAUAACUAACUGUAACCUAACCUACACAGUGCAUCUAACGUGUGUGAGAGCCUGGAGUGUCCCUUUAAUAGUAUAAACCCACCCAGUAUAACUGUAACCUAACCUACACAGUGUACCUAACGUGUGUGGGAGCCUGGAGUGUCCCUUUUAGUAAUAUAAACCCACCCAGUAUAACUAACUGUAACCUAACCUACACAAUGCAUCUAAAGUGUGUGGGAGCCUGGAGUGUCCCUUUAAUAAUAUAAACCCACCCAGUAUAACUAACUGUAACCUAACCUACACAGUGUACCUAACGUGUGUGGGAGCCUGGAGUAUCCCUUUAAUAAUAUAAACCCACCCAGUAUAACUAACUGUAACCUAACCUACACAGUGCAUCUAACGUGUGUGGGAGCCUGGAGUGUCCCUUUAAUAAUAUAAACCCACCCGGUAUAACUAACUGUAACCUAACCUACACAGUGCACCUAACGUGUGUGGGAGCCUGGAGUGUCCCUUUAAUAAUAUAAACCCACCCAUUAUAACUAACUGUAACCUAACCUACACAGUGCAUCUAACGUGUGUGGGAGCCUGGAGUGUCCCUUUAAUAAUAUAAACCCACCCAGUAUAGCUAACUGUAACCUAACCUUCACAGUGCAUCUAACGUGUGUGGGAGCCUGGAGUGUCCCUUUAAUAAUAUAAACCCACCCAGUAUAGCUAACUGUAACCUAACCUACACAGUGCAUCUAACGUGUGUGGGAGCCUGGAGUGUCCCUUUAAUAAUAUAAACCCACCCAGUAUAACUAACUGUAACCUAACCUACACAGUGUACCUAACGUGUGUGGGAGCCUGGAGUGUCUCUCUAAUAAUAUAAACCCACCCAGUAUAGCUAACUGCAGCCUGGACUGUGUCCCUUUAAUAAUAUAAACCCACCCAGUAUAACUAACUGCAGCCCGGAUUGUGUCCCUUUAAUAAUAUAAACCCACCCAGUAUAACUAACUGCAGCCUGGACUGUGUCCCUUUAAUAAUAUAAACCCACCCAGUAUAACUAACUGCAGCCUGGACUGUGUCCCUUUAAUAAUAUAAACCCACCCAGUAUAACUAACUGCAGCCCGGAUUGUGUCCCUUUAAUAAUAUAAACCCACCCAGUAUAACUAACUGCAGCCCGGAUUGUGUCCCUUUAAUAAUAUAAACCCACCCAGUAUAACUAACACUGUAUUAAAUGUAAUGGCUUUUAUUUAUUUUAGAAAGCAGGAAUAUAAUGACCCAAUAGAUUGAAAUGAUGGUCUAAGUGUGCUGGAUUCUGUUAUUUUAUCUCUUUUAGGACAGGGUGGAAGGUGACAGAAUGACACAAUGGAUGAUUGCAGCUCCUUCCUACUCCCUGACAGUAUCCUCUACCAGAUCUUUCUAAGCUUGGGCCCCGCAGACUUGCUCUCAGCCGGACUGGUGUGCCGACGCUGGUAUGCCGUGUCCCGCGAUGACUUCCUGUGGAAAGAGUUAUUUUUUAAGUUCUAUAAGGUGCAGAGACACAUUCAGCGAUACCCAGGUAAGUGUGUGAUCAGACUGGAUCAUCAUACUGGCGGCAAAUUUACACACCUGAUCCAUAUAUCAUUUCCUCUUUUAAAUCCUAGUUUGGUCACGAUUACCAUUGUUCAAUAAAUCCGUUAUAAUUUUAUCACCAAUUGACGUAAAUAAACUGUUUUUGGUGCGCAAGGCGUAAUCUGGCACAGCUCUGCUCCUGGCUAACUAAUGCAAUGUUGUUGUUGUUUUGAUCUGCAAGCAUGCAAUUUAUUAACUAUAUUACAGUGAAUUUCAGAUCUAAUGUGCACCUUGGCAUUUCACAUUCCUAAACUGUCAUCCACCAUGUUUUUCUUUUUGUUUUUUUAAUAUACUUUUAUUUUAUACUUUAUUUUUGCUUUGCUGAAAAUUACAGACAAGCCUGUGUUGCCACAUCAAAAUGCAUAGAAUAAUAGUCGUAUGGCUUACUAUUAUACUGAACAUUUGGAUAAUUUUAACAUGCUAGACCGUACAAUACAGAAUAGAUUGUAUAGUCCAUUUCCACUAGUCAGUGAGAUAACCCGGAUACAUGAUUAAAAAAUAAAUAAUUAGAAAUGCAUUAAAAAGUACCUAUUAAAAUACAUUCCAUUGCCCGCUUGUUUCACGAUGAAUCAUGCAGGCUGACUUAGUAAGUUACCCAGAAAGGGAGUUGCGAUUUAACAAUGACUGACCGAAUGUACGAAGAGGGUAUUUAAUGACUUGUACUUCGGUAUUAACACGGAGCAGUAAUGUAUACUUAUUUUCCAUGUUAAAAUGACGACAUGACCCACUAAUAUUGGGGUACUAUAACAAACUGCUGAUCUGUUAAUGCUGUGUCCAGCUCCAUGUGGGUUUUACAUGACAUAUUUAAGCAGUACAUUUUCUGUGCACUGAUCCCGGUUUGUGUAUUUUGGCUGAAUUAUUGGUGUGGGAGUGCGCCUCUAACUGAGAGAAUCACAGUGAAAGUCUGCAUGGAUCUAGAUACAAACCGGCUUCUUUUCACGAUCAGUUGUACUCCUCAAACUAUAUUAUUAAGGUCACUUUAAAUACUCUUGUUCACAGCUUGCAGACAUCUGUUUCUUGAGCUCCGACCGCGCUGAUUUAAUGCAUGCAGCGCAAACACUGUGCAUGAGAUGGUUCUUAUUAUAUGGGAAUGAGGAGGUUGUUUUUAAAGCACAAAGCUAAUUUCCUUUUAGUGAUUCUCUUACCCAGCUGUAUUUAUUUUAUCCAAUGGUAACACAGGUACCAGUUAUCAGUAUUUCUGUAAUGAUUCUUUGGAACGUAGAUAGAACUGUGAGUAAUUCUCCCACAAUGCUGUGAAGCACAGGCAAUCUAUUACAUUGUAAUGCUGGUCAGACAGGGGUGCUAGAUUAAUGGAUCCUGUAUUUUAUAACCGAGUUUAUCUCCAACCUCAGGUUCAGACUCCUGGUACAAGGAAUUCCAGCGUCUCAGUGAUACCGUUCCCUGCGUAGAGGUGCAGGAAUUGACUGAACACACUGAUCAGGUUCUGCAUAUCAGCUUCUCCCACACCGGAGACCUGUGCGCUUCUUGCUCCAAGGAUUGUACGGUCAAGGUAAGUACAGAUAGGUCGGCACACCCCCAGCAGAAUGAGGAGGUGGUGUACUGUGCGUCAUAGUGGUUUAUACAGUAAGUAAAUGUCACAGAAUAGUUGAGGUGUAAUUAAAGGUGGGGUCAAACUGACCAAAAAUUCUCUAUUUGUCAAUAUUGCAAGCAGGAAUGGCCCAUGUUAACCCUGCAUGUGCCCCUGGUUGACUUCCCCAAUCUUGCAGCCAGAUCAUGAAUUUCUUGUCCUGUGUAGAGUCAUUUGUACUUUAACUCUUAGCUUUGCUCACCCCAGCCGCGUGAGGAGUUGGAUUUGGUCUGCACCGCCUGCUGGUUCUCUUUCAUUAAUUUAUUCCUGUUCUGCAGAUAUGGAACACGAUCCAUCCCCUCUCCCUCCUGCACAGCGCCAACAUGAGGCCUCACCAUUGGAGCUACACACAGUUCUCCCAGUUUAAUGCAGAUGACUCCCUCCUUCUGGUGUCAGGGGUUUUUGUGGGACCCCAUAACUCAUCUGCAGGAGAGAUUGCCGUCUUUAGCCUUGGUAAGGGGAUUUUAUAUUAAUAUUCUGUUAUCUGCUCUGAGGGGUUGGCAUGGCGUGGGUGCCUUCUAUUGGUUGUGGACAAUGGGAGGCGGUACAAUGUUUCUUACAUUAUAUAUAACCAGAUUUCCUGUAAGAGCUGGAGUCUAAGUAACAUUCUGAUGGAAUAUUGGUAUCCCCAUCAUGAUAACAUUUCUCAGUUAACAUAGAAAUACAAUAUGUAACUAGAUUUCAAUGAAUAAUUGUUACUGUUAUGAUGAUGUUAAAUAUAUUACAGAGCUGCUUUGAGUGGAUUGUAUCUUUAAUUAAUGGACCAUACAUUACAUGUACACUAUACAGUUCCUCCAACAUCUUCUCACUCUUUUUCUUCUAUAGAUGGUUUUAAUCUGUUGUCAAGAGUAAGGAAUAAACCGUAUGAUGUGUUUGGCUGCUGGCUUAAUAAUACUCAUCUAAUUUCUGGGAACCUGCAUCGCAUGGGAAGGGUCACGUCCUGCUCCGUUUUGUGGCUGAACAAGGCCUUUCAGGUACAAAGGGUAAUCCCCACUCUCAUCACCGCAAAACACAACCACGAUUGAAUCUGUCAAUUAUCCUGCAAUGUGCUAUUUGUCCAGCAGGAGGCAUAGUUCAUGCAAUGCUGGACAGCUCUGUUAGAACAGAGAGAUGUUAUGCAGGUUAUUGUACUCUGAUAGGCUUUAUUUUUUAUUUAAUUUUUUUAUACCAAGGUAUCUAUAUUAAAAUUGAUCAUAUCACUCACCAAGCUGACAUCACUAGCACCGGAAUGGAAUCUACAGCUUUAAGAAUCAUUAUUAUUAUUAUUGUAUAUUGUCCAGCUUUUUAAAAUAAAAAUAAAUAGGCCCAUUUAGGGCUCCUGAUAGGGUAAAUUUAAAAAAAGGUGAUUUAGGUCAUCAAUACGAAGAAAACCAGGUGCAGCAUUGAAAAGAUUAAAUAUUAUAUUAAAGACACAGCAACAGAAUUGUAUGUUCUCCCUGCCAGGGUUAAGAAGGCGUAUGGCUUUAUAACAAUGUUGUUCUCUAGUGAACGGCAUAUAGUCAACCCUUUCCUAAACCCUAGCAUUACUAACAACAUUUAGCGAAAUUUUGUGUUGUCAUUGUCGGGAUGAACAGUUUGUUACGAAGGAAGGGUGGAAGAGGGGAUACAAAUUAAGUGAAUUCAAUGUUCACCUUAAGUCUAUUCCAGAGAGCGAUCACAUGCGUAAUUGCUGGAUAGUUGGGUGGGGGUAGAGCUCUGUGGAUCUGGGGGACCCACAUAUAGAAGGAGGGGUAUUCCUAAACAAAAUUGUUGUGUUAAAGGUCUACCCAUCACCACGUGUCACAUGCCAUUGUUAUAUGUGUGCUAGUUGGGCUGCGUUAUAAUAAUGCACAAACUGGGUAGACCAAGGCCUCCAUGUGAGUCAUUCUGCACAUGAGCGGUCUCCAACCCUUCCAUAUGAAAUGAUCAAUGGUUGUUUGUAAGCGCUGGAAGUCUGAUUUCCCAAUGGGAAAGAGAUAUAGGAAGCAAUGCAGCAAGUUCAUUUUUAUUGCGGCCACUCUUCCCGGCCAGGAUACUCCCAUAGGUUCCCAUCCUUUCAGGUCCUUAUAAGCUGUGCGAAGCAGAGGAGUAUAGUUUAGGCUGUGUAGCUCCUCUAAGCGGGGUGAGAUGUAGCCUUAGGUAUGUGAAUGUGGACUGCACAAUUUUGAGCAGGAAAGAGAAUGUGUUGUAGACGGUGUGAGUCAAAUGUUAUCGACAAUAUUUCAAGAUUUUUUACAGGUUGAACUUGUAGCCUGAGAGGUAGUGUAGCUGGCAGAGUCUUUUGGGUUGGUCAGUGUCCUUAUUUGGUUUCGGGGGCUUUUUUUUUUUUUUUUUUAAACCCACUUUUUGUGCUUUCAGUAUAAAGCUCUGCAGUUAUACUCUGUAUUAGUGCAGGAUGUCCCCCUCUCCGGGUCACCGUCUGGGUCCAUUUUUUCUUUCCCUGGAGCCUGGUUUCCUUUUUCACCAAGAAACAUUCGCAAGCUAUUUUUAGCUUCGCCGCUGUCGUUUAGCCGGAAGUCAGUGCCACAUGGCAUGAUGACAUCAAUCGUGACACAAUUGACGACAUGUUUCGCCUGAUAAUAUUUAGAGGUUUCAGAACUCAUAUAUUAACCAGACACAUUAAUCCGUAUGUUAUACAUAUGUAAAGUAGAAGAGACCGAGCUUUAGUUCAGAGUUUUGACACACGGGUAGGCGGGCUGUUCUAUACGUGAGAUUUCAUUAUUAUUGUUUUAUUUUUUAAUCUAAAGUCUUUAGAUCUUUUUGGACUUUAUGGUCCAUGUACACUACCCCCCUGAUUUCUGACAGCCACAGGCACCUAACCCCAAUGGACUGUACUAAACCAUUGAUUUAUUGUUUAAUUUUGCUAAUUCUCCACUAAUGAGUUAAUGCAUUGGGAACUCUUUACUCGUUAAUGCAUUGGGACUAUUGUUAUUAAUUACAACUUGGCUUUUUUUUUUAUCCGUAAAAUCUGUUUUCCAUAAUAAAGCAGAUUUAUGUGAAACAUCCAGUAUGAGAAUGUUUCAUCUGUUUUGGCAUUUAAAUCAAAAUUGUUAGCAAGUCAAUUAGUCCCUAAUCUGACCUCUAGUCUGAUACUACCCCUUAUUGUUUUUAGGAUGUGGAAUCGGAGAACCUCAAUGUAGUGAAGAGACUUUAUAAGAUCCAGAACUUGAAUGCCAGCACUAUCCGAAUGGUGAUGGUGGCUGACUGUCCGGAACUGCUGGCUGAGGCAGGAGAUGAGGGGGUCGAGAGCCCAGAAUUUCACCCUCUGGAAUUUGAGAUGGAGGAAAGGGGAGAAGAGGAUGAAGAAAGAGAGGAGGAAGAUAGUGAUUUUGCUGGGGAACAACCCUCAUUGGCACGAGGUUUACUCGGGUUCUUUCCUGAGGAAGUCGGUGCCUUUGCAGAGCCUCUCAGUGCCAGAGUGCAUGAAGAACAGUUUGAGACCAAAGUGGCUCAGUGGUACGCCAAGUACCGGACAAAGUGUCCUGAUAGAAACCUGCCUGCCACGGAAGGAAAUCAAACCAGGAAAUACCUCAUCUUUACAACUGGCUGUCUCACCUACUCCCCCCACCAAAUAGGUAAGAUGUUCCUUCUCUUCAUUAAAUGCCUGAGGCUCAGGGUAGAUUAAGGAUCUGUUUUGCUGUUUUGGCUAAUUUUUGCACAGUAACUGUCAGGUUACCACAAGUGUUCUGUAAGAACCUUUUUGUAGGAGGCACAGGUUUAAAAUCAGUUUUACACAGUCAAACCAUGCAGUUCGUUUAAAAACAAUGGCUAAUUCAUGCAGACUGCAUAUUGUAUUGCCACCUGUUCAUUGCAUAACUACUCACAAAAAUACUUACAAGGAAUAUUACUUACCACAUCUGUGUUAAGCAGGUUUUUCAAUUUAAUUGUAAAAUAUUUUACCAGGAAGGUUACAUUAACCCCUGAAGGACCGAUGACGACGGUUCAGGAACGUCACCGGAAACAUCCCCUUGAGGACCGGUGACGGUCCUGAACCGUCAUAACGGUAUUAUGUGCUUACCUGAUCUCCGCUGGGGGUCCGGGUGGGACUGCCCAUCACCCCAGACAGUCCCCCCUCUGCGAAUUAGGCCACAUGGCCACGUGAUCACUCUAACAGAGCGGUCACAUGGCCGCAAUAGGUGCCUGUGUAUCUGCCUGCAGGGGGACUGUCUGUGCUGACAGGCAGUCUCCCUGCUGCUGUAAAAUUAAAAAAUAAAGUUUAAAAAAAGCAAUCAGUGUUAAAAAUGUGUGUGUGUGUGUGUAUAUGUGUGUAUAUAUAUAUAUAUAUAUAUAUAUAUAUAUAUAUAUAUAUAUAUAUACAUACAGUCAGGUCCAUAAAUAUCUGGACAUCGACACAAUUCUAAUCUUUUUGGCUCUAUACACCACCACAAUGGAUUUGAAAUGAAAUGAACAAGAUGUGCUUUAACUGCAGACUUUCAACUUUAAUUUGAUGCUAUUUACAUCCAAAUCAGGUGUAGGAAUUACAACAGUUUUUAUAUGUGCCUCCCACUUUUCAAAGGACCAAAAGUAAUGGGACAAUUGGCUGCUCAGCUGUUCCAUGGCCAGUUGUGUGUUAUUCCCUCAUUAUCCCAUUUACAAGGAGCAGAUAAAAGGUCCAGAGUUCAUUUUAAGUGUGCUAUUUGCAUUUGGAAUCUGUUGCUGUCAACUCUCAAUAUGAGAUCCAAAGAGCUGUCACUAUCAGUGAAGCAAGCCAUCAUUAGGCUGAAAAAACAAAACAAACCCAUCAGAGAGAUAGCAAAAACAUUAGGUUUGGCCAAAUCAACUGUUUGGAACAUCCUUAAAAAGAAAGAACGCACCGGUGAGCUCAGCAACACCAAAAGACCCGGAAGACCACAGAAAACAACUGUGGUGGAUGACCGAAGAAUUCUUUCCCUGGUGAAGAAAACACCCUUCACAACAGUUGGCCAGAUCAAGAAAACUCUCUUCUGGAGGUAGGUGUAUAUGUGUCAAAGUCAACAAUCAAGAGAAGACUUCACCAGCGUGAAUACAGAGGGUUCACCACAAGAUGUAAACCAUUGGUGAGCCUCAAAAACAGGAAGGCCAUAUUAGAGUUUGCCAAACAACUUCUAAAAAAAACUUCACAGUUCUGGAACAACAUCCUAUGGACAGAUGAGACCAAGAUAAACUUGUACCAGAGUGAUGGGAAGAGAAGAGUAUGGAGAAGGAAAGGAACUGCUCAUUUAUUUAUUUAUAAAAUAUUUUACCAGGAAAGAUAAAUUGAGAUUUCUCUCGUUUUCAAGUAUGUCCUGGGUCCACAAAUCAUUGCAUUGUUACAAUUAGGGUACAAUAAAAUACAAAAACAAUAUUAAUACACAAUAUAUACAAAAUUUAACAAAGAACAGGUAGGAAAUAUAUAAUCAACCAUGACAGGUGCAUUCUGUUUUGAGGUAUGUAGAGAGGGAUCUCUUAAAGGACUUUAGACUUAGGGAAGAUUUUAAAUUGUGCGGGAGGUCGUUCCACAAUUGCGGUGCUCUGUAGGAGAAGGAGAAGGAGGAUCGGGCUGCUUUCUUUUUGUAUUGAGGUAGACUAAGUAAAGUGUUGGUACUGGAUCGGAGGUUAUAGGAAGUGGGAACAGCUGAGGAAAGCAUUGUGUUCAGGUAGGGUGGGAGUUUCCCAGUAAAGCUCUUAAACACAAGGCUGGAAAGAUGAAGGGUGCGUCUCGAUUCCAGCGACAGCCAGUUUAGUUCUUUUAGCAUGUCAUAAUGGUAAGUCCUGUAAUUACAUUGAUCCAAAGCAUACCACCUCAGUGAAGCAUGGUGGUGGUAGUGUCAUGGCGUGGGCAUGUAUGGCUGCCAAUGGAACUGGUUCUCUUGUAUUUAUUGAUGAUGUGACUGCUGACAAAAGCAGCAGGAUGAAUUCUGAAGUGUUUCGGGCAAUAUUAUCUGCUCAUAUUCAGCCAAAUGCUUCAGAACUCAUUGGACGGCGCUUCACAGUGCAGAUGGACAAUGACCCGAAGCAUACUGCAAAAGCAACCAAAGAGUUUUUUAAGGGAAAGAAGUGGAAUGUUAUGCAAUGGCCAAGUCAAUCACCUGACCUGAAUCCGAUUGAGCAUGCAUUUCACUUGAUGAAGACAAAACUGAAGGGAAAAUGCCCCAAGAACAAGCAGGAACUGAAGACAGUUGCAGUAGAGGCCUGGCAGAGCAUCACCAGGGAUGAAACCCAGCGUCUGGUGAUGUCUAUGCGUUCCAGACUUCAGGCUGUAAUUGACUGCAAAGGAUUUGUAACCAUGUGUUAAAAAGUGAAAGUUUGAUUUAUGGCUGUUAAUCUGUCCCAUUACUUUUGGUCCCUUAAAAAGUGGGAAGAACAUAUACAAACUGUUGUAAUUCCUACACUGUUCACCUGAUUUGGAUGUAAAUACCCUCAAAUUAAAGCUGAAAGUCUGCUGUUAAAGCACAUCUUGUGUUUUUCAUUUCAAACCCAUUGUGUUGGUGUAUAGAGCCAAAAAGAUUAGAAUUGUGUCGAUGUAUUUAUGGACCUGACUGUAAAUAUAUAUAUAUAUAUUUUGUAUACUUAAUGUCAAACUAAGUGUAUUUUUAUAUUUAUAUAUACAUAUAUUAAUAUACAGAGACACUUAUAAUUGGGCAGUAAUGAAGGCACAGAAUCUAGAUAUGGAUCAAGAGGUUAUUUAAUCUAGAACCUAGAUAGGGAUUAGGACGAUUUUCUAGAUUUAGAACCUAUCCGUGGAUUGGAGCAAUCUAGAACCUAGAUAUUGGUUAAAAUAAGGUAGAAGUUAUAUAUGGAUCAGGAGGAGGUUUAAUUUAGAACCUAGAUAUGGGUUAAGAGGAGGUAGAACCUAGAUAUGGAUUAGGACAAGGUAGAACCCAGAAUAUGACAUCAUAUUAAAAGCCAUCUUUGGCCCGUCUUCAUCACCAAUUCUUUAUCAAAAAGCACAGAUUUUAAAAUGAUUUUUAAAGGGAUUCUAUAGUGCCAGGAAAACAAAACUGGCACUGGCACUAUAGGCUCCUGGAGUGCCCCCCUCCCUGGCGCUCCCGCUAGGUUGAAAUGGUUAAAAACCCUUCAACCACUUACCUGAAUUUAGCGCUGAUGUUCCUCGGCGCUGCAUCAGGCUCCGUCCACGCUGACGCCGGUGGGGGAGACCCAGUGCGCAUGCACAGCAGUGGCCACGCGCAUUAGACUUAGACCAUAGGAAAAAGUCUGUUUGGAUUCAAGAAGCCCUCUAGUGGCUGUCUGUUAGACAGUCACAAAAGGCAGACUUAGAGCUGCAAUGUUUUACAUUGCAGCACUAAGUGCAAAAGGAUCACAGCAUCCAGACUACUUCCAUUAGCUGAAAUGGCAUGGGUGCCACUGCCUACAGUGUCCCUUUAACGAGCAUCUACAACCAAUUCUGUGAAAGAAAGAGAAACUUGUAUUUCCUGACUAACAUCUGGUUAUAUCUUUGUGUCUCUAGCUAGACUUGUACUAAUCUUCAAAUUAUUGAUAUUAGAUUUGUACUUGGUAUUUUGUUUUGUACUCUUGUAGGGAUUAAACAGCUUCUCCCCCAUCAGAUGACUACCGAAGGGCCGGUGCUGGGCGAGGAACGCAGUCGCAAUGAAUUCUUUGAUUCUCUCGAUCAUGUAAUCAACAUUCAUGGUCACAUCAUUGGCAUGGGCCUGUCCCCUGACCACAGGUCUGUUGCCAUUUUACUAUUAGCCAUUUGGAUGUAUUCCUAUUCUAUGUUCACAUUAAUCUGUAAUCUGAGUUAUUUUGGGAUGACCUGAUGAAUUUUGUUGAUUUUUGUUUAAUCCUAUAACAUACAAGUUAUAUUUGAGCUAUUUCUCGGUAAAUGUGCUCUUGAAAUGGUGGUCAAUCUUAGUGAGAUUGUUCCAGUAAUGCCUGCACACAGUGCAGGGCCUAAUAAACCCCUUUUGUUUCAUCAUGUUUUCCAGGUACCUGUAUGUCAACAGCCGAUCCUGGCCUCGUGACUGUGUGAUCUCUGACCCCAUGUGCCCACCUCCUAUUGCAGAGGAGAUUGAGUUACGUGUCUUUGACCUAAAGAGCCUACGUGAAGUUAAAGCUCCUCUACGUGCCCACCGUGCCUACACACCCAACAAUGAGUGCUUCUUUAUCUUUCUCGAUGUCAGCAGAGACUUUGUAGCCAGGUAGGAAAUCCUUAACCACAUGAAUAUUGACAUUUAGAUUAACAUUGUCCAGAUGAGCUUCAUUUGUGUGUAUGCCUUUAAUAACCUACAUUUGUCCGAUUUAAUUAUUCUCGCUGCUAACAGAAGUAAGAGCAGUUCAUUUUGUGUGCUCGGUGACUGGAACCGUGAUGGUAAGGAGAUUUCAGUGUUUUAUGGUCUGUCACUGGUAGUACAUUCUGAGAUUCUGAUGACUGAUCUAUUACCAUUGGCCACCAUUGUUCUGACUCAACGCCAGUGAUAGGAUGCAAUUCACAAACCUCAGUAGUGUCUAGCUCUCUGUUACAUUUUAUUUAUAGUUUGAUGUUUUGGGCUAGAAGUUAUUGCUUGGUAAUUUUGCAAAUGUUCCUAACCCUCUAUUUUAAAAAGUAUCUGUUCGAAGAAGUGGUUCUAAGAUCUAAAAAGGGUUGAGUUACUAAUGGAACGUGCCUGCUGGUUUCGCUGGUUUCCAUUGUUAGAAAUAUUGUGGGUUACAUAAAAAGAGUCCAAUAUACUGUUUCCCCCCUCCCAGUGACCAGGACUGAGCUGGAUUGUGAUGUCAAUUGCUGGGUCUUUACACAACCAUUCAUGAGAAGAAAAACCUCUCAGUAGCCUCAUUUUGAAGCUUUUGGUUCAGAACUCAUUCUCUAAAUCCCUCGCCAUUGUACCAUAUGAACUUGUUAUGGGUUCCUUAAUUAUUUUCUAGUAUUGGUGUUUGGAUCUGUCUGUACUCUGCUGUCUUGCAAUGAUGAGUGAUUUCUUCUUUUUCAUACGUUUUCUAGUGGAGCUGAGGAUCGCUGCGGCUACAUCUGGGAUCGCCAUUACAGUGUCUCCUUGGAAACACUGCCUCACAAGGAUGUAGUGAAUUCUGUGGCUUUCUGUCCAGUGGAUCAGGAGCUACUGCUCAGCGCCAGCGAUGACUACACCAUCAAGGUUUGGCGUUCCCGACGAUCUUUGCGCGCCUCCGCUGCAUACCGCUCCUCAUGUUCCCUAAAGUCAACUAUUCCAAGGGCUUCUAGACUCAAGAGUUGAGAACCAAGUUUUGAUCCUCCACGAGCCCAACAGAUAUCAUGUCAGUCCUCCGACCACCGCUUCAAGCAACUUGGUUUCUUUUUUGCGUCUAAUAUGGCAGCAGCCAGGUGCUACGCGGAAUGAUUGUCGUCCUCCAUCAGCUGGACCACAGAAUCUGGGUCAGAGAAUGUAUUACCUGGUGUUUUUAUUUAACAUUCUCGUACUCCAUUAAUGCCGCGUAAUGCAAGAGAAUUGAUGUCCGAAAGGAAGGCCUGAGCGAUAAUCCUGGUGAGACUAUUCAGUGUGCAAUUUAACUUGCUCCUCACAGUACAAGGUGAACCCUGCUAUCUGUACACCACAAGCUUAACUUUUAAUUUAUUGGCACCGACAUGGAGAGUGCACCAACGCAGAAUUAAACAAAUAAUAACUUGACAGAUUUGCAGAGUAGAGAUAUGUUGUGACUUCAUUGUACAGUGCUGCAGAAUAUGUUGGCGAUUUAUAGAUAAUAUUGUAAUAAUUUCUUAGUUGGUAUCACAGUUAGCGUAAGGUAUAUUUAUUAUUUUUAAUCGAUCUGUUACCAUUCAUUAUUUUUCAGAUAUUUUGUGACUUUUACUGAUAGCAUUUUAGCACGUCAGUGUGUUUACAGAGUCAGGAUCAUUGGGGAAAUAAAGAGUGUUUUGUAGUGUAGAGGAUGCAGAACCGAUGGGGGCCGCAUUUUUUGGCUGUUAUGAUUGUAGUUGACACUGCAGUACCUACCUAUCCAUAGUUUGCUGCUGAGCUGCCAAGUUUAACCAAUCACCCUUUAAAUUUAUCAAGAUCAAGAUAUCUGAAACGCUUUGCUGUGGAGUAAACAGCCACCUUCCAAUAACCAGCUAAACCAUCGCUCCUUGUUUUAACUCUGUGAUGGGAGCAGAAAGAAGACAAUGGGAAAAUGAAGCAAAUCUUGAUCAACAUUUAUGUUAACCUGUUCACCGGAACCCAGCUUUUGGCUUUGUAAACCAUUUACUUAUCCUUGUUCUAUAACUACAGGACUACAGUGGUUCUAGUCAUUGAUUAUUAAUUAAUGAUUAUUCAAUAAUUAAUUAUUCAGAAGCGUUUUUAGAUCUAUCUACACUUGGGGGAAAUUCGAUCUGCAGUACAAGGUGGUUAUCACUAGGUGGGGAUAGAGUGCUUCCCAGAACAUUGAUCGUAACUCUAAGGAACACAGUUCUAAAAAAAUAUUGAAUGUGUUCCCUUUAUGUUUAGAUUACAGGUCCCCUGUUUGUUUGUCUUUUACCAUUACUCCAGCAAUAAUCUUUUUGCAGCAGCUGAUCGAACUCCAUUAAACUCAUCAAUCCUGAUGUUUGUCCAAUCCGAUACUUCUCGUGGAGAAGUACCGAGGACACCUGCUGCCAAUCCAGAAGCACUGAAUCCAGUGUUUCUCCGGCGACAUUGUGCUUUGUGUUUUUUUUUAUCAAGGCUGAACGUGAAGUCAUUUGAAAAUCGAAGGAUGUAAGUGGGAAAUGAGUCUGACAGACAAUAGAGGGGUGUUCUUGGCCAAAUGCCAAUACUGCAAUGUUUUAUAUGGUUUAAGAACAGAUCGACUGUAUCUGUGCUUUAAGAAAAAAUAGUGGUUUUGGUGAUUAGACACUCCGUUUAUGUUUUAUUAGAGAAAUGUGUUAAUUAGUAAAGUUUUAGGUUCCCUUUGCUUUCUGAAUACCGUUGGAGAUUUACAUCUUGUUAAAUGAGUGUGACGUGAAUGGCGGUAUUAGUAUUAAUAAAUACCCCAUGAGCAAACUGUGGUCCACUGAGCUUAUACUCUAAUCCUACACGACGUAUUAAUGCCUUCCAUUGACCAGUGGAAUUAGAGCACUGUUUUCCUAGAGGUUUCCUAUCACCAUAUUUCCAAAGACCACUUGUUAUUAUUUAGCCGUUAUUUAUAAAGUUCCAACAUGUACUGUAGUGCUGUGCUAUUCUGUAAAAGGCAAAUUUUAUUGACCACAUCUUUAAAAAUACCUGAUCUGGGGAAGAACAUUUGUCUGUUUUUAUCCUAAAUGCUCUGGUUCAGAAAUGACAACACAAUUACAAAAAAAUGUGAAUUGUCAGGAAUUACAAGGGAAUGUUUGGCCAACAUUGCCAGCUAUGCGCUCAGUAUGGCUUUUUGGUCUAAAAUGUGUGGUUGACUUUGAAUACUCUAAAACUGAUACUUUUUAUCUAAAAGGGGUUUCACCAAAAUCUGACUAUUUCUGUUUCUCUCUAUUUCACAGUUGAAUUCUUUCCCCUGCUGUCUAAUAGUGAGGCAGAUAAUGAAAAAAAGUAAUUGUUGUAUGAGAUGACAUUAAAGAAGAAUUUUGUUCAUUAUUUCCAGCUCUGUGGUCAGGACCUGCGAGGUCUGAUUCAUGUUUUAAAGGGGUAAUGUGAAAGAGGUUUUAUUCAUUAAUCUAGUAAUUGUACAGAAUUGGUUCAGGAACUACCGGUAGGCAUUUUAAGCCAAAAAAAAAUUGUAGCGUUAUCCAAUUUUAAUAUUUUGGCCAACAAGUUUGCAAUUCCCUUGCCAGUUCUCCACAAUUCUUGUUUUAGUGAGUAACUAUUCAGAUUUGUAUUUAUUUGAUUUUUUUUUAAAGCUGCUACCCCUGUCUAGGCAGUCUUUAGAAAAGCCGGUAACAAUCUGAGAGAAUCUGUAGAGAUCACGGUAUUUAAUCCAUUUUCGGUGUUUCAUUUCACUAGUAUUGUACGUUUCAUUACAUGUUAUAUUAGUGCUGUGACCUCAUACGCUUCAUUUGUGUCCGCAGUUCACAUGGUAGGAAAAUGUAGUCAUUCUGUCACUUAGCCCAAGUCAUGUCUUAAUUUCAUAUGAAACAGCAUCGAGAUUAUUUCAAGAAUUGUAGGAAGUUUGCAUGUUUCAAAGCAAAAAAAAAAUGUUUCCUCCCCUCUAUUCCAAAUCCAUGUUUAAGUAUCACUCCAAUGGCCAGUAAAGUGUGAGCUCACCUGCAUCGUAAUGAGUAACCUCUUAUGCGAGUCCUACACUACCAAGUCACAAGACCUAAAGGUUUUUUUUUAUGAACCCUUACACCAGGUGUGCACAAAAGGUAGAUCCACAGAUGUUGUAGAAUUUAAACUCCCAUGAUUCUUUACACGUCUUUAGAAUGGCAAAGCAUCAUGGUAACUGUAGUUUUAAAACAUCUGGGGAUCUACCAUUUGGGCAGCCUCGUGCUACACACUUAUUAACCCUUAAUGGGGAACGCAUGGGGUGAGUGGCGGCACUGUAAUAUGACUGCGUAAAACUGAGUGCAGGGAUUCGUUUUGUGUGUUUGUAUUUUUUUGUAUUACACAGCCAUGUUACAAUGCUGCUGCUCACCCCGUGUGUUCCCUAUUAAGGGUUAAUAAAUACCCCUCUCUGUCUCAUUAGAGAUUCUACCUUUUAAGCUGAAAGUAGCAAGUUGAAUUGUUUGUUUGUAGAAGUUUGCCACGAUGGGGCAUGUGAGCUAACACUUUAAUGGCCAUUGGAGUGAUCCUAAAAACCUCAGAGAUUUGGGGUAGUGCGCAGGUAACAGUUUUUUUGCUGUUGUUCUAUGUAUUUGUAUUGAUGUGUACUAUAGUUGUUGCUGCCGGCCAGGAGUAGUGUGAGUUUGAGCGCAGGGCCUAAUUUCGUGGGUUUGUUACAAGGUCUACUGCUGCAAGGCGCUCUGUGAAAGGGGAGAGAACUGGAAAUCACAGCUGUACUCUGAUUGGCUAAUUCUGGUUUUUACCCAAUCGGAUUGCAGCUGGAAUUAGAAUCCAGGUAAGUGACAAGAGAAUGCAUAGAUGAGGCGUCCCCCAUUGUGCUGUACAAUGUAGGCAGCACAUCACUUGGAUGUUUGGAAGUCAAAGGGGUUUAUUCACUAAAUCAGAAAUGGAAGACAUGUAAAUCUUGGCAGAAUUUGAAAGCUAUUUCAGCGGCUUGGACCUUGAAUUGAAAUACUUCGAUUUAUGGAAUAACUCUCUAAAUGUUCUGUUUCGUGUCAACUAAAUGUAAGUAUUGCUGUUUCUUAAUUACUACAGAAAUCGGAAGCAAGCUGAGAUCUUGUGUAAGAUGAUGAGUCUUGGGGGGAACAAAAUGUUUUAACAAUGUAAAUGAGAAUUUAGUUGAACGCUAAUGCUUGUUUAUUACGGGAUAUAGAUAAUACUGGGCUCUGUGAUAGUUUAGAGCAAGUCGGUUAUAAUACACUCCAUUUGUAGUAUGGAUUCGUACCUACUUAGAGAUAGCUUGGUUAAAACAUCGACCAUAGGUCCCAUUCAACCCUCACCAUGGUGGGAAACCCUAGGACACGUGUCCACUGAGAUCCGAUUAAUAUUGUUUUAUAUCUGUGCCAAACAUUCCUUUAUGUUAACAUUUCUCAAUAUUCUAGUAUGGCAGCACCUCUAUCAGAAACUGAUGCCAGUCACUGGUUUCCAAGCUCGCAACUCUCAACCAUCCACUAAGCACCCACGCAAUCCCCUCUCCUUGUCUAUUGUGUAGUCACAGGCAUUGCAAAGCAUUGUGUCAAUUGUAACAUUUGGUGUGUUCCCACUUACCUGCCGAAUAAAUGAUCUGUUUGAAUACCUAGC